AUGGCUGCUUCCUUGAGCAACUUGCCCUUUCCCAUUGAUGAGCUGGCCUGGGACAAGUUGCACGUUGUGGCCAAGCACCUGAAGGUCAACAGGGCGGAGGCAUUCACAAUCAUGCACCAUGUCCUUGGGCCACCUCCUACUCCGUUGCCAGACAUGGAGAAUGAGACGAAGCCUAAGCGCAAGAAGAAGGAUAUCAAUUCUGCCGAAUCUCCAACGCCCAAGUCGCAGCCCUCGCAGCCCUCCAAGCCCAUCAAAGCCAAAGCGACAGCAGCCAAGUCAAAGCCGAAAGGCAAAGCAAAAGCCAAGAGCGGUGCAUCGGCAUGCCAGCCCAAGAAGGUCAAGAAGGUGCAUGGGAAAAAGGCGAAAACGCAGAAGCAGGUCGAUGCCAAGAAGAACAAGUCAGUACCUCCUGAGGAGGCCGAAGAUGUUGAGACCCCCGCCACAGAGUACUAUGCAUUAUAUGGCCCUGAACAUGCAGAAGAUGGCCCUGAACAUGCAGAAGAUGUGACCCGGAAGCGCAAGCCGCCAGUGCAGGUGCCGUUGGACGCAAUUGCUGGGGAUGGUUUGGUGACGCCUUCCCGUCGACGCGCAGUGGGCAAGCCCAGUGAUCAAGGCGCGUCAUGUGAUACUUUGAAGCGCGCAAUUGACUUUGUCAACAACCAGGGGCCCCAUGACAAGCUGGGCGAGCAGACCAAGGAGUUGGAUUCCAUCUCGACUGCGAGCACGAUUGUGCUUGGUGAGAGCCAGCCUGGAGAUCUACAAAAUCAAUUGUCGGCAGCGCUUGCAUACAUCAAGCAGUUGGAGUCCUGUCAGGUCGCUGCUGGUGCCCCUGCCGAGCCUUCUAAGCUCCAACGGGAAGAUGGCCCUUCGAAUGUCACGUUGCCAGACACGAUCCCUGGAGACAUUUCGGCUGCGCCCUCCCCUGCUCUUCCUGAAACUGUGCCUGAUGUGCCCAUGCAAGAGGAGGAGCCAGACCGCCAGAGUGAUCAUGAGAUGGAUUUGGAUCAACCAGCCACACUUUGCGACGAAGAUGAGAGGAUGGCUGACAAUGACGUGACUUCUGCAGUGAACGAGAAGAGCUUGGAGAAGGAAGACAGCUUGGCUUCCACGGCCAGUUUGGGGGAGUCGUGGGAGCGAGAGUUCUACGACUACAAGGAGGAGAAUGGGAAAUGGGUAAAGUAUAUCAAAGACAAGUAUGUGGCCCUUGCCAAAGCCAGAAACUGGAGCCUUGGGCCAAUUGAUAUCACCGCUGAAGCUGCGCCUCCCAUGGAGAAGCCUGGUGUGCUCUCCAUCAAGGCUGGCCAGACUUCUGACCAACAGCCUGAUGCUGCAGUUCCAACCUCUGCUGAGCCAAUGGCCCUUGUCCAACAGCCUCCUGCUGCAGCCCCGACCUCUGAGCCAAAGAUUCCUGUCCAACAGCCCAAUGCUGCAGCCCCGACCUCCUCUGAGCCAGAGAUUCCUGUCCAACAGCCCAAAGCUGCAGCUCCGACCAAUGAGCCAAAGAUCCCUGUCCAACAGCCGGAUGCUUCAGCCGUUGAAAAGGAGAAGCCGGACAGGCCAGUUCUUCAGGAAGCGGCUGGCCCACCAGACCGCACACUUGAGCUAGCUGGUUUGCAAGCCUUGAUGAAAGGUCAGGUGGAACGAGAACAAGCUGCAGCCCUGGCCGAGGCCACGAGAGUUGAAGGACUUCUGAACCCUGGUCCUAGAGCUGUCGCCGAAACAGCAGGACCUGAUCGUGUCGAUUGGGUGACGCACAAGAAGGAGGGCAUGCGAUUAAAAAGGCUUCUGGAGGAGUCGGCUGAUGGAGCCAAGUCCUUUCCGCACAUGGCCAAGAUGUGGGCUGGCUCAAAGGAGGACAGAAAGCAGCUCUUGCGCGAGUGGGUUCAGAAGAAUGGCGAUGCGGCAGCAAUCGAGGCCAACAUCGUGAUUUCGAAGACAUCGAGCUCAAAGCUGGGCACGCAGAAGGAACUGCUGACCGUCGCUGAGAUGGUUUCACGUGGGUUUCCACGUGAAAAAAUUCAGCCAUAG